CUCCCAGCUUGGGCGUUAAUAUAAAACAACACCGGCCGGCGCGCGCGCAGUCGGUUCCGUCGUUUCGCGCAGUUACGUUAUUCUGAUUCAUCACGUAAACCGCUCUUCGUGCUAGCAUUUUUCGUAAUCAUGGAGAAAGUAUCGCAGCACAUGCUGUCAAAUAUAGAAAAGUUGCCGGCGGUGCAGUUAGGGGACUUCCUGUUACAAUUUGAACUCGACGAACCCGAUGAGAAGAUAAAGGAAAUCGCGCGUCGUGAGCUUCGAGAGACUCCAGAUGUUGUCAAGCCAGCUGUUGAAGAGCUGAGAAGAUUGCUUAAAGCGGACAAAGAACUCCACGUGCCGUUGGACAACGACGCCUGGUUGAUCAGAUUCUUGCGCCCCUGCAAGUUUUACCCCGAGAGUGCCUACGAUUUGAUAAAACGUUACUAUGCCUUCAAAAUAAAGCAUCACAAAGUGUACGACGGGUUGACUCCCAGCAAAGAACAGAAUGUAUUCAACCAGAACAUUUUGACGGUUCUGCCUACGCGAGAUCAACUUGGCCGAAGGGUCCUCGUCCUUGAACUUGGCAAGAAGUGGAAGCAUAAUAAAUGCUCGCUGGACGAGGUGUUCAAGGGCUGUGUGUUGUUCCUCGAAGCAGCUAUGCUGGAGCCAGCGUCUCAGAUCUGUGGGGCAGUCGUGAUCUUCGACAUGGACGGCCUUUCUAUGCAGCAAGUCUGGCAGUUCACACCAGCUUUCGCCAAGAGAAUCGUGGAUUGGUUGCAGGAAAGCAUACCCCUCCGAAUCAAAGGUCUAUACAUUGUGAAUCAGCCGUACAUUUUCAACAUGGUUUUCCAACUCUUCAAGCCCUUCCUAAAAGAGAAACUUCGUUCUCGCAUAAUUUUCAUGGGCAAUGAUCGGGACGCGCUGCAUAAACACAUCUCAUCUAAAUCCCUACCAGAGUGCUAUGGAGGCACUCUCUCAAUACCACGCGUGACGGGUCCACAAUGGUUAGAACUCUUGCUUAUGUGUGAUCAGGAAUUCGCUGCAAUCAACACUUACGGAUAUAAGAACAAGGAGAAGUAGAUAGUUUGUUAGAUUCGUAUCUGAAUAUGUGAUAUUUUAAUUUUAAGCACAUAUCGUGGUUUUAAAAUUAGUUAAAGCUCAAUCUACAAAUUAGACAGGUACAAAAUAAUUUGUAAGUAAUUUUUUUCUUAUUUAUUUUUAUCAAUGAAAGUAUAAGGUCGUCCGCUCUAUCUAACGAGUGCAUAGAUAUUAUGGCGCGCAAACUUACCAUUACUUUCAUCUAAAAUUGUUUUAAUUACAAUAAACCAUAAAGAACAUUGCGAUCGCAGACACCUAUCGUUUUUCUGAACGUCUAUUUUUAAAAUGGUAAACUUCAAAUAAAUCGCCGAACCUGUAUAAUAUGAGCUUCACAUCCGCACUCAAUUGAAAGCGGACGUACGUAAAGAAUCUUUAUUUCCUGUAAACUAUAUAACUUGUAACAACUUCUUUAAGAAAGAUGUGUUGUUUUAAAAUAGGCUUAUAAAAUAUAUUCCUCUGCAUUCCAUUAGCUUUCUAGACAAAUGUGUCCAUAAGGGUCUUUUGGCGAAAAUUAUAAGUACAUUUUAUUAAACCAUUUUCGCUGCUAUUAAAUUGCCAUACUACCUACUGUAAAUAAUUUAGGAAACAUUAAAUAUCAAAUGUUCUUUAGAUUAUAUUUGUAUUUUAUAUUCACGAAUAGCUUUAUGACUAUAGUACUUCAGAUCUCGAAGUUUAAUUACAGGUAGUUUGAUAUUUUGGUAGAUGCAUAAUGAAUAACUUUCAUAAUAUGAGUACUGUUUUGCUGCCCUCUUAAUGUUUCCGUGUCAACAUACAUUUUAUAAUAUGAUUUCUAUUUUAUGAUAUGAACACUAUAUUAUAAUAUGAAUACUAUCUAAUAAUAUGAAUACUAUUUUAUAAUAUGUAUUUUAUACUUUAUAUUAUGAAUU